AUGAGUCGUUACAUUUCUCUUGUGGUGUUUGUUUUAUGUGUUGCGUCCACAUAUGCUAUUAAAGUUGUAGAUAUUGACACCAUUUGCAAGGAUGAAAACGUUAACACUUCACUUUGCAUAACUCUACUCAAAUCAAAGCAAGGUGCAGAUUUACUUACCCUUGCCCAAUACACCAUUGAUGUGUUAUAUACUGAAGUGAAUAACACAGUCAAACUUAUCAAGACAUUAAUUCAUCAAUUUGAUAAAGAUCCUACAGCAAAAUCCCAUUACAGGGAAUGUUUCGAACUUUUUGCAAAACCGAAUGGUGCUGCUGCUGAUGUUGAAGCACUUGAAAACAAGAUGAAGGGUGGAGAUUACGAUGGGAUGCGCGAGAUGGCAUUAUUUAUCACAGCAGAUUAUGAGUCUUGUAUUAACGACGACUCACCGGGUGCCAUACCUUACCCGGAUAAAUCUUUGCUCCCAAAAUAUGCUAAAGUUGUUAACGACAUUGCUCUUAUUCUCUUUGUUAUAUCAAAAAUUUUGAUGGGGAAUGUUCAGUUUGCAAUUUGA